AGUAGAAACUAAAAUCCGGACAUAAAUGUUAAUCCUUAUUGCUACUAUAUCUUUAUUAUUAUAAUCAUUGUCUUCAAAGUUCAAACUGUAACUGCUACAUCAGCUUCAGGAUUUCAGCUAAAUCAUAGCAUCCACCUCAGUCCUUAUACUCUUUUCUCUCUCAAUCUCAAAUCUUUUUUUUUUCCUUCCUUAAUGCUAGCUCUACUCCUAGUCCUAUCUGGUGAAAUCUCUAGGAGCUGAUGAAGAAUAGAACCAGAAACAUGGACGAUCUGUCUUCGUGCAACCUUCUUUGUGAGGAAGAAGAAACAUUUUUGGAAUUGGAAAGAGAUGAAGAAUACUCUGCCUUUCAAUCAGGAAUGGAUCAUCAAGGUGUUUCAGAGAAUGAGGAUUUGGGGGUUCUGCUUGAGAGAGAGAUCCGUAUUGGGUUCCGAAAAGAUGAGACUUUUGUGUUUGAGGAUUGGAUGAAACGUUCCCGCACAGAUGCAAUCAAUUGGAUUCUCAAAAGUGAAAAGGAGUGGGCAAUCCGAUUACUAUCAAUUGCAUGCCUUUCUUUGGCUUCAAAGAUGGAAGAAUGCAGUGUGCCUGAGCUAUCAGUGUUUCAGUCAAAAGAUUACUGCUUUGAGAGCAAAGUGAUUAGGAGAAUGGAGAUUUUGGUGCUAACCACAUUGGAUUGGAAUAUGAGCAUUAUAACCCCCUAUGAUUUCCUUCCUUAUUUCAUUACAAAGUUCUGCAAUCAACCCCCACCAACUACCACUUUUUCCAAGACCAUGCAACUCAUCUUCACCACAAUCAAAGAGGUGAGCAUAAUGGAUCACAAACCAUCUGUUGUUGCAGCUGCAGCUACUUUGGUGUCAUUGGAUCAGCAACUAACCAUAGAAGCUGUAGAGUUGAAGAUUAGUUCAAUUCCUCAACAUAGGUUUCUUGAUCCUAAAGAUGUAUUUUCCUGCUACAAUCUAAUUCAAAGAUUACAAGAGGAGAAUAAUACAAGAAGAGACAAUAACGUUUUGCAUACGCCUAGUCCUUCAACAAUUGACAUGAUAGAGAGCUCUCUAAUUACUUCUUCUGCUGCUGUCACAAAGAGGAGAAGACUCUCAUUUAAUGAUGAUCAAAGUUCUGAAGGGAAGGGACUUGACUAGGGAGAAAAAAGAAUUCCAAUAUUUUCAAUUAAUUCUUUUUUUUUCUUUUUCCUUUUUUUUUAAAAAAAGAAGUAUCAAUAAACUUAUGUGAAGGAAGAGUCCAUCUUUUAGGGUCACUUUUCACUCUAUAGUCUAUAGUCUCAUCCUGAGGCUGGCUUGAAAUAGAGAUGGAGAAAGGUAUCGAUUGUUACAGCUCUAGAUAUUAUUUAGGAUUUGAUUUGAUGUGUCCCUGAUGAACCAGCUAGGAAAGAAGUAACAGAAGGGGUAAACACUAAACAGCAAUAAAACAACCAGGUUUUGGGCUGCAUGUUCAAGUGGUCAAGUCACCAAGUGGAAGAUCUAGAAUGCUCUUUUUAGUUUUUACCUUUAUAUUAAUUUUUUAUUUCUUUCAAUUAUUCUUAUUGUAUAGUUAUUUUUUUUUCUUUUAAUGUUGGUCAUUUUAACCUUGAUAUCCAAUUCAUAACGGAUAUUGUCAUAUGUCGCUUGCAACCUACUUUUUUGAUGGAUGCUUUAGCAAUGUCUUCAAAAAAGGUGGAAAAAGGGAAAAUAGAAUUCGGUUGGUGUGAUUGCGGGGAUGGUUGGUGACUUUGUGUUGCAUUUUGGCCAUCACAAAAGUUUUUUCAAAGAUGGAUGUGAUUAAUAUUUGUUUGACUGUUUCGGACUUGCUUUCAAGAUAUGGACCUACAGUAUUUCAUUGCUUGCAAAAUUUAUUGGCUUGGUUU